GGUUGCGUGCCAUACAACCCAGCGCAAAGGACAGCAUAUGGAUAUGUGCCUUCGCUGGCUGCUGGCAUUGUCUACUGCGUCCUCUUCGGAUUGUCGAUGAUUGCGCACACCUUCCAGGCCAUCAAGACGAGAGCACUUUGGAACCUGGUCUUUGCUGUUGGUGCUCUGACGGAGGUAAUAGGCUGGGCUGCCCGAUCCUGGUCAAGCGAAUGUGCCUACAAUGCAAAUGCCUUCCUGAUGCAGAUCUGCACGCUGAUCAUCGCACCCACAUUCUUCACUGCUGGAAUUUAUGUCAUCCUUGGACGCAUGAUCGCCAUUGCCGGACCCGGAGUCAGCCCCAUUGGAGCUGUCUGGUACCUCUGGAUCUUCUGUACCGUUGAUGUCAUCUCUCUUGUCAUCCAGGCCGUCGGUGGUGGUUCAGCAGCUGUUGCGUUCAACUCGGAGCCUCAGGGCAACACCAAGAUCGGCACCAACAUCAUGGUUGCUGGUAUUGACUUCCAACUGGCUUCGGUUGUCGUUUUCAGCGUUCUCUUCUUUCUGUUCCUCUACAGAGCCUCUGCCAAGCUGAGCCUUCCUGCCUUCAAGAACGACAAGGAUAUGAAACUGCUUGUGCUCGUCACUUCAUUCUCGAUCCUUCUUAUCAUCAUGAGAAGCAUUUAUCGUACGAUUGAGCUUGCUGGCGGAUGGACUGGACAUGUCAUCGAGACCGAAAGAUACUUUAUCGCACUCGAUGGCGCACCUAUGGCGGCUCUUGUGAUCGCCUUCAACAUCCUGCAUCCUGGUGUCUUGCUC